UCUCUUUCUGUACACUAAACAUCGGCCUAGGCAGUAUUGUCAUCAAGCUCACAUAUAGCCAUGGUGAACUACUCCGAUCACCGCAUCCACAUCCUCGUCCUGCCAUACCCGUCCCAGGGCCACAUCAACCCGCUCUUCCAAUUCGCCAAGGUUCUCGCCGGCCACAGCAGCGUCCGGUGCACCCUCGCGGUGACCCGCUUCGUCGCCAGCUCGGCCAGGCCGGCGGCCACCGGCUCCGUCCACAUCGCUGUCUUCUCCGACGGCUGCGACGACGUCGGCCCCGACGGUGUAGGAGGGCACCGCGGCCCCUACUUCGAGCGGCUCAACGCCGCCGGGCCCGGGUCCGUGGACCAGCUCCUCCGGUCGGAGUCGGAGCUGGGCCGGCCGGUGCACGGGGUGGUGUACGACGCGUUCCUGCCGUGGGCGCAGGGCGUGGCGAGGCGGCACGGCGCGGCGUGCGCCGCGUUCCUCACGCAGACGUGCGCCGUGGACGUGCUGUACACGCACCUGCGGGCUGGCAGGAUCCCGCCGCCGCCGGUGCGGGAGGAAUUGCCGCCGGAGCUGGACGGGCUGCCGUCCCAGCUCGAACUGACCGACCUGCCCACGUUCAUGGUCGACAAGAACCUUCCCCCGGGACUCCUGGAGUUGCUGAUGAACCAGUUCGUGGGGUUGGACACCGUGGACCACGUGCUUGUCAACUCGUUCUAUGACUUGGAGCCACAGGAAGCAGACUACUUGACUUCUGCAUGGGGUGCCAAGACGGUCGGCCCAACCAUGCCAUCGGUGUACCUUGACAAUCGCCUUCCAAAUGAUGCAUCCUGUGGCAUCCACCUCCACACCCCAAAGACGUUUGAAACCAAGGCGUGGCUUGACGCCCACCCCUCGCUGUCUGUUGUUUAUGUCUCCUUCGGCAGCAUAGCCUCCCUAAGCUCCAAACAGAUGACUGAGGUAGCCGAAGGUCUCUACAACAUUGACAAGCCCUUCUUAUGGGUCGUCCGGGCUAAGGAGACUUCGAAGCUACCUGCAACCUUCGCUGAUAAGGCAAAAGGGAGGGGUCUCAUUGUGCCAUGGUGCUCGCAGCUGGAGGUCCUAGCACACCCGUCCAUUGGGUGUUUUGUGACACAUUGUGGAUGGAACUCGACAUUAGAGGCAAUCAGCUCUGGUGUGCCUAUAGUGGCGAUGCCGCAUUGGUCGGACCAGCCAACGAAUGCCAAGUACGUCCAAGAUGUUUGGCGUGUUGGUGUACGGGUACCUCCAGAUUCCCAAGGGGUGAUGAGAAGAGAAGAGAUCGAGGUGUGUGUUCGGCAGGUGAUGGAAGGAGAACUGCGCGAGGAGUUCAAAAUAAGAGCUUUGGAGUGGAGCAAGAAGGCAAAGAAAGCCAUGAGUAAAGGUGGCAGCUCAGACAUCAACAUCUCAGAUUUCCUCUCCAAGUUUGGGCACCACAAAUAAUCAAUAUUAAAGCCGCCCUAUAAUGCGACGUGUCACAUGUAUGUUUCCUUCAAAAUGAAAUGUGACUUUGUAACAACCUUGAGAGUUCAGAAAUGCAUUUAUAUAUUCUGUAUGUUGUAUCAUAAAAGUAUGCUCUGAAAUAUGGAGACGUGGAGUUAGGGCCAAUUUGUUUUCACUUUUGGAUUCUAAUGAUUGUGGAAUGUGGAAAGAGGCUGAAGCUGUAAAAGCUGAGACCGUUUGAUUGA